UGUUAAUGUAAGGGAAAAAGAUUCACUGAGAUUCAUUUAUUCACUUACAGCUAAAUCAUCGUUCCUUGAUUUUCUACGAUUGACCUUGUUUAUUGAUCAUUUGUUGAGCUACAUAGUUCUGGCUGUUACAUAUUUAAUUGGGGAACAUGGACAAGGCUGUCGUUCAGACCAAGCUUGCAAGAGUGAAAGCAGUUGUUGGCAGAACUGGUUCUCAGGGUCAAUGUACACAGGUCCGUGUGGAAUUUUUGGAUGAUACUAAUAGGACGAUCAUAAGAAACGUGAAAGGCCCCAUUCGAGAAGGCGAUAUUCUAACCUUAUUGGAAACUGAAAGAGAAGCCAGAAGGUUACGUUAAUGUAUUCUAAAUAAAAGGUCGUAAUAAAAUUGCCAGCUUUUCA